AUGAGAAGGGUGCCCAAACCUCUGAUGGAGAAGCGCAGACGUGAGCGAAUCAACCACAGUCUGGAGACUUUAAGACUGCUGAUGCUGGAGGGCACACAAAAUGAGAAACUGAAGAAUCCAAGGGUGGAGAAGGCCGAGAUUCUGGAGAGCGUGGUCCACUUUUUGAGGACAGAGAAGGAUGAGGACAGAGUCAUGUCCAAGAACCAGGCCUGCAGCGCCAGCAAGCACAACUUCCAUGACGGCAUGAGAUCCUGCCUGCUCCGGGUCAGCCACUUCAUCGCCACCAAAAGCCAGGAGGUAGAAGAAGCUAGCGGAGAUGCAAGUCAGGCUUCUCUUGCGCACCCCGAGGAGCAGACUCACAAUUCCUCAUCAGAACACAUCCACAAGACACUGGUACCCGCCGGUGACUCAUCUUCUCUGGCUCCCAUUGUGGCCCGCCAUCACAGCAAGCACGGAAUCUCUCAUCCGUACCUCACCGGCCUCCACUGCGAGAGCAGGACGUCGUUUUCCUCCAACGCAGCGUGCACGAACAUCACUGAUCCCGUGUGGAGGCCCUGGCCGCAGUAA